UCCUGGAUGCCCGGGUCACCCACGCACCUACUCGAGCAGUAUACCAGAUAAAAUAUCAGCGUCAAGACGUCGGGACGGCGUAUGCAUAUUUUGCGGAAAAGGCCCCGGAAACGACAGACCCACAUCGCACUGUUCCGAGCUAUGGCGUAGCACCAAUUGUGCGUGAUCGUCGCAAUCCGGUAUUCCUCUAGCUAGUUGUGAUCAGAAAAAUCCACAUUCGGACGCUAAGGCCCCGGACAAUGGACGUGCUCCGCACAACGGCGUUCCCGCGUGUUCAUGGAGCUCGUAUGCUGCAAGUUCAAUCGGCCGCCGCGCUUGGUCCAGUGCCACUCUGCCUUUCCGGGGAGCUCUUCGCUCCAUCAUUGCCGCUGAAGUUUAGCCGAAAAAUCCUCUUAUCGGAAAGGCACGCUUGCACGCGUAUACCGAACGAUUUCGUGUGCGUCUUUUUGCUCAUCAAAUACUUGCUUGCGAUCGAGGCUACUGGUCCGAGUAUCGGGGGUUCUUUUCGUCGGAUUCCAGACGAAAACCUAUAUGUAACUCACCUGAGAGCAUCUGUUCAGUGGGCACCAGUCCCGGAAGACUUGGAACCUUGCCAGCUGUUGAUAUUGAUAUUGCACAUAACGUUAGCUCCACCCGCGCACGCCAACCCAGCACGGAACCUGACGCACCAGCAUGUCACGGGCUCCGCUUUCCACAUUGCCCGAACCCUAAACGGCCUAGUGCUAGAGUCCACUCCGUGAAGGUACUCCAUCGCUCAGGGCGACAUCUGUAUGUUCUCCCCUUGCGAGGUACCGUCGACGCCGACGGUGCCUCGAUCGAGGACCGCUGCAAAUAUUUUCCAAUCCGGUGACCCUCUUUCCGAAAGGCG